CAUCUUGAAUUUUCCCCCAUCCAUCUUGAAUAACCUAAAAUGUUUGCCUUGGUGAAUCAAAAUCACGUGACUGUGUCACAUUGCCGCGAACCAAAGUAAUACCUCUUGUUUAAAGUCGUAGCACGUGUUGUUUUUCAAAGAAUUGAUAAGAAAACUGGAACCUUCUCUGAGGUCGGCUUUUUAUAUUUUCGUGAGUUUUGUGGGCAAAUUGCAUUGGAAAAUUAUGUGAUAAUGGCUUCUUCAAUGCGUCGUGACUCAAUAAAUAAAGAAUUUACACACGCCUGUGUUUUAUUUGCUAAAGAUAAUAGUAUAAAUACGAUAUCAAUUUCAGAUAUUGAAGGAUUACAUCCUAAAGAUAAAAAUGAUUUUGAUAGGGAAUUAAAAUAUAAAUUAUUUUUAAAUUCGGAAGAGCAGUACACCUACGUUUAUGUUCUACGCUUAGGUAGCAGCAUUGAAGAUUUGUCCGCUCAGAACAAAAAAAAAAGGUUAAUCAUCCCAAAUGCAAGGAAAAGAAGCUUUCUAAAAGAUUCAUCAAAGAAUAAAUCGAAAAGCAGAAAGCAGUUAUUUAAAGAAAAAGAUGAUUUCCCUGUGAGAGAAAAAAUGUUAAUAGAGGUCGAAAAAUUAUCAUUUCUUCAGAUGAAUCUGAUUCAGAAUUAAUAGACGAAGAAAUUUCUAAUGGUGAUACUACUGAUGAGGAGAGUGAUAUUGUUCCAUCACCUAUAGAGAAGGAAAAUAGUGGCAGAAGAAACAGACGUCUGAAAGGUUUAAGUCAACAUAAUCAGCGACAAUUAACUACACCACUUGCAAGUGUAACUACAGGAAGUAAUGAUAGUAGUACAACACCAAUGGGCAGUGAAACUACAGUAAACGGAGAAACUCCAAGAGGUGGAGAAACUUCAAGAGGUACGGAAUCUCCAAGAAAUAAUGUAACUUUAAGAGGUACAGAAAUUCCAAGAGUUACUGAAACCGAAACAGGUAGAGAAACUCCAACAGGUAGAAUAACUCCAAGAGGUAGAAUAACUCCAAGAGGUAGAAUAACUCCAAGAGAUAGAAUAACUCCAAGAGGUAGAAUAACUCCAAGAGGUAGAGUAACUCCAAGAGGUAGAGUAACUCCAAGAGGUAGAGUAACUACAAGAGGUAGAGUAACUCCAAGAGAUAGAGUAACUACAAGAGGUAGACUAACUCCAAGAGGUAGAGUAACUCCAAGUGGUAGAGUAACUCCAAGUGGUAGAGAUGCUACUAUUCCAAAGCGUUAUGUAGUAGACGAGAAUGAAAAGGUUUAUCUUGGCGGUGGAAAUUUUAUAGAUGAGGAUACGUGGCAAUUAAUGCUUUUAAAAAAUGAUUCGAAAUUUGUUCGAGAUAUUACUGAAAUUUUGUGGGGCAAAAACGUCCUUCAAAAAAGGUGUUUAAAACAAAAAAAAAGUAGUAACCAAGAUGCAGAAGGAGAAAAUGAACUGAAAGUUUUAACUCCUGACAAGUAUCAAUUAGUGAAAGAUGCAUUGAAGUAUAAAUUAAAAAAUAAAAAUAAAAUUUCACCAGGAAGGCGAGCAAUGCGGAUGAAAAAAAUUUGGUAUCACAUGUCCCAGAAAUUAAAUGAUGUGAAACGAAAGAAACAAUAGAAACAAUAGAAGUUAAUUAUUUUACAUUAUUUUUAUUAUGUUUAUUUCUUUAUAAUACGAUUUUAUUACUCGUAAUGUUAAGGAGGUUCUACAAUAGAUGCAAAAGGCAAGUUCAAGUCCAAAAAAACCAUGAG